AUGUUCCUCGUGGCCCUCCUCCGUCAUGGCCUUCGCCUGCUGCUCCCCCUGGCGAUAGUUUCCACGUUCUACCUCUAUCUGUAUCCUGUCUUUCUGGGAUGCGCCUUUCCUUUACCCCUGACCGCCGCGAUCACCAACACCACCCGCGGCCUUGAGACACCUUCCAAGUCGGCAGCCGGGCUGCCAGCUUUCCUCGAGACACUACACCAACAUGUCCCUAAUCUUCCGAUCCCAUCCCGCACCGAUGCGCAACCGGCACCAUUCCGACUCCUCGCACUCGGCGAUCCCCAGCUCGAGGGCGAUUCCUCCAUUCCCAACUCGAAAGGCCCUCGCGUGCCGCACCUUCAGAGCCUCUACCGCCACGUCACCUACAAGACGGCGCAUUCGUCGCUGCGCGAGCGCAUCCGCCAGGCGCUCCACGACUGGAUCGACUUUGUCUUUGAAGACGUCUUCGUCGAGCUAGAAUCCCUGCGCAAGCACAUCGACCUCUUCGGCAACGACUUUUACCUCGCCCACAUCUACAGAACGGUCCACUGGUGGACCAAGCCCACACAUCUGACCGUGCUCGGCGACCUGCUGGGCAGCCAGUGGGUCAAGGAUGACGAGUUUCAGCGACGCGCAGGGCGGUUCUGGAACCGCGUCUUCCGCGGCACCGAGCGCGUGCCCGACGAGACGGCCGUCUAUCCGGCCAUGGACUACGACCUGUCGGCCAUCAUGGGCAACGAGGGCGAGGAGGCCGUCUGGCAGCGGCGCGUCAUCAACGUCGUCGGCAACCACGACAUUGGCUACGCCGGCGACAUCAACGAAGACCGCUUGCACCGCUUCGAAAAGGCCUUUGGCAAGGCCAACUACGAGCUUCGCUUCGAGCUGGGCCGCCAGGACCCCACCGCUAACGCACCCUCUACGACGAGGCGACGAACCCGACCUCCGACCGCCUGCCGCCCGAGCUGCGCGUCGUCGUGCUCAACGACAUGA